UUGCUCCAGGCAAACCAGAAUUCACUCCUGGAGCCAACUCGAGGCUCUUUUGGGCCUUCACGCCUGGAAACUUUUGAGCCUGUUUUUUCUGCCUGGGACACUUGCCCCUCUCUUCUGUUUUUAGCGAACUCCCAGUUCUUCAGAACUCAGGCAAUGUCACUCACUGUUCAAAGUCUGUUCUCCAAGGCAGGCUUAGUCCAACCGUGGGUUCCCGGACUCCUUGGGUCUCUCCUUCCUGAUGGCCCUUAUCCCCAUGUAAUCAUUCACAUUCAGGUCCAUCUUCCCACCAGGUUAAGACUCCAUCAAAGACAUGAGCCGUGUCUUAUUCUCACGGAAUCUCUUGGAUCUAGAACAGUAGCUGGCCCACAGUAGUUUCUGUUUCUGGAGUGAAUGAAAUCUUGACUGCCAAUGUGUUUUUAAUGGGGGAGGGGGGGUCGCGGUGCAGGGCUGGAGUAGAGAAAGUGAAAAUUGCACUGAGAAAAAGAAGCCGUGUGCAAAGAGAGGAGGCUGGGGUCCCUGAAGGGAAACUCCUCUGGGUGCCAGUUCUGCGAAGGGCCAGACAGCUUGGAGACAUGCUAACUCCUCUUUUACUACCAUCUCUUAGAAGGUAAGUCUAAUUGCUGAAACAUAAAAAGUAUUGGCACAUUUGAUGCACUUGCCAAAGUGUUGUUUAAUGACCUGUAUCUCACACAAUAAAAUAGGGCAAAGUUAAAAACUCAAAUUUGCUUUGGAUCUGUAUCUGCUACCAUCUGUUGGUUCCCGGAUCCUGGGUUACAUCAUUCUUAUUUUUACGUUAAACAUUACCAGUAAUAAAAACAGAAAGAAAAGCGGGAAAUAAAAACUCACGUAGGGAAGUUCUGAUUUCAUACAGGCCUGGCAGAGUCAUAUUUUCUUCUUAGAAAUCCUAGAAAACAGAAAACAAUAGGAAGAUGUCUUAUUGAGAAACACCCCUUCAACUUGACCAUGAGUCAAACAAGGAAGAAAAAUCCCUCAGACGGAGAAACUAAACUCCAGACUUCAUUUGUCAACAAAUUCCUCAAGGGCUCAAAACUCAGGUCCUCCGAAUCUGAAAGCAGAAAAGAGAGCAAUGACCUUAACACAACAGAUUUCCAACCCGGCGAUGGGACACAGAAGACAGCCACCGUAGACACUGCUAAGCCUCUCGCUUUGGAAAUGGACCUGGGAUCCAGGCUGGAGAAAAAUGAGCAGUUUCUGCAGAAGCUGGGCACAAAGGCUGUCGACAGGCGUCUAGAUCUGAAUAACUGCAGGUUAACAACAGCAGACGUGAGGGAAAUGGUUGCUUUGCUGCCUUUUGUCCCAGACUUGGAAGAACUGGAUGUUUCCUGGAAUGAUUUCGUGGGUGGGACCCUCCAUUUGAUCACCCAGCAAAUGCAUCAUGUCAGCAAGUUAAAAAUCCUGAGGCUGGGUAGUUGCAGACUUACCACUGAUGAUGUUCGAGCACUGGGAGAAGCACUUAAAGCCAUCCCUGAACUCGAGGAGCUGAAUUUGUCCUGGAACAAUAAAGUGGGAGGAAACUUGCCUCUGAUCCUGCAGGAGUUCCAAGAAGGGAGCAAGAUACAAACGCUGGAGCUCGUGGAUUGUGCUCUCACGUCAGAGGAUGGGGCAUUUGUGGGUCAGUUGCUACCCGUGCUGCAAAAUCUUGAAGUACUUGAUCUUUCCAUUAACAGAAACAUCGGUCGCAGUCUACACAGUAUUGCUCAGGGAUUAAAGAGUACCUCAAAUCUGAAAGUAUUGAAGUUACAUUCAUGUGGAUUAUCACAAAAGAGUGUGAAACUAUUGGAUGCUGCUUUUGGACACUUGAAUGAGCUGAGGAAACUAGACCUUUCCUGCAACAAGGAGCUGGGUGGAGGUUUUGAGGACUCAGCAGCUCAGUUGGCCACGUUGGAGCAUCUGGAAGUCCUGGAUCUUCAUCAGUGCUCACUGACGGCAGGUGACGUGGUGUCACUGACCCAGGUCAUCCCCUUACUCUCGAGUCUUCAAGAACUAGAUUUAUCCGCCAACAAAAAGAUGGGCAGCUCUUCUGAAAACCUCCUCAGCAGGCUCCGAUUUUUACCAGCAUUGAAGACGUUGCUAAUCAACAACUGUGCUUUGCAAAGUGAGACUUUCAGGGCCCUCGCUGAAGCCUCCAUUCACCUCCCAGCUCUGGAAAUAUUCAACCUUUCUUGGAAUAAGUGUGUUGGUGGCAACCUGAAUCUGCUUCUGGAAACACUAAAACUUUCUACGUCUCUUCAAGUGCUGAGGCUGAGCAGCUGUUCCCUGGUGACAGAGGAUGUGGCUCUCCUGGCAUCAGUAAUACAGACAGGUCAUCUGGCCAAGCUGCGGAAGCUCGACCUGAGCUAUAACGACAGCAUCUGUGACACAGGAUGGGCCGUCUUCUGCCAGAACAUGUGGCUCCUCAAAGAGUUGACCGAGCUGGAUAUUAGUCUUCGGCCAUCAGCUUUUCGAGACUGUGGACAAUGGUUUAGGCACUUGUUAUGUGCCGUGACCAAACUUCCCGAGAUCACUGAGAUAGGGAUGAAAAGAUGGAUCCUCCCGGCUUCACAGGAGGAAGAACUUGAAUGCUUUGGCCAAGAUCACAGGAGUAGCGUUCACUUUGACCGUGGUGGGUUUCAGUAGGCUGAUUUCCCACAGCCUAACUCAGCUACAAACAUUCUCCAAAGGAGGAAAAGAACAUGAACGAAUCCCAGUGUAAUCAAAGGAGUAUCAAUUUCUAGCCCGUUUAAUGGGAUUUAUGUUACAAGAGCUUUGUAAA